AUGGCACAGAAUAAAGAGUUUCUUUACCAACAAAAUGAAAAAAUCCUUUGUUAUCACGGGCCCAUGAUUUACGAAGCAAAAAUCUUGGAUUCUGAAUACUAUGAAAAUAAACAUCCAAAAUCCAAUUUAACAGAAUCUCGAGUUUUAAAAUUUAAUGAAACGAAUUUAGCUAAACAAAAGCAAAUUGAAGAACAAUUAAAUAAAAAGGGGAGGUCAACGAUUAAAAAAACUGUUCAAGAAACUACAACUGAAAAAGGAAAGAAAAGACGGAGGGAUACUUUAUUAGAUAAGGAUGAAAGUAUCAAGAAACCAAAGAUUUGUAUUCCUGUUCCUGAUUCGCUUCGAGCGAUAUUGGUACAGGAUUGGGAAAACGUUAAUAAAUCAUCAUUGUUUGUACCUUUGCCACGUAAACCUACUGUGUCGGACAUUAUAGAACACUAUAGAAUAUAUCGAAAUAAGACAAAGGGGGGUCAAGAAACUGACGACGGAAUUGCGGACGAGAUAAUUACUGGAGUGCUUUUUUACUUUAAUAAAUGUUUGGGAUCACGUUUGUUGUAUCAGUUGGAAAGGAAACAAUAUCGAGAAAUGCGGUAUAAAUUUGAACGCUUACAUAAUUCUCAAAUAUAUGGAGCGGAGCAUCUGUUAAGAUUGUUUGUAUCCUUUCCACAGUUGAUUUCAGGUAUGAAUCUCGCGGAAGAUUCACUGGGCAUCCUGAAAGAACACUUAACAGGUUUCCUAAACUUUUUGAAUGAAAAUAGGAAAGAAUAUUUUGUUGAUGAAUAUCAAAAGAUCAAAGAUUAA